UGAUGUCCUAUUUUUUUCAUGACUAUAUUUUUUUGAUAACGUUAGAUACUUGGAAAUCAUAUUAGCUUACUGGAACUGUAAAAAGCUGAUAUUUCAUACUUGACAGCCAUAAAACAAGGUAAACAGUUUUUAAAAUCCAUUUAGCUUCUUAUCUUUUUAAAAGGACAUCGUAAUUUCGGAAACACAUUGCUCUUCAUUGAUAAUGUUACUGCUAACAUAAAUAACACAUUAAACACUCCAAAUAUCAAACCAUUUCCCACGUUUUUGUUUUAUAUCUUUCUCUCCUUUAUUGACAUUUGGUCCAUAUAGAGUGCCAUUAAAACGGUUUAACUGAUGCCAUUCUUCUAAAAGUGCAAUGUCCUUUUAUAAGAAAUUGCAUGUUGGCUGCGUUCCCAGACAGUUCACUGGAAAGUUUCUCUCCUCUCUUGGUAAAUAUGGGCCCCUUGCCCAGAGAUUACCAUACACACCUGUGUUGUGUCGAGUGUGCAUAGUGCAGAAGUUUGACAUAGCAAUUGUUCUCUGAACUAGGAAUUCACAGAAUACUCAAAAGAGUCAGAACGUUAUGAAUUGUUCCUUCUAGGUAAUGGCUGCCAUUGAAGCAUAAAUAACAACUGCACAUGUUGUGUACAUGUCUUUUCUCUCUUAAGAUAAUCCACCAUAAAMUGAUGGACAUCGGCAGCUCCUUCUUCAACAUGACCAACURCAAUGAGACAAUAAUGUCAGAGAAUWCCAGCAGCACCAAUGGUUCAGACACAACCCCACCAAUGCCCUUCAGUGAGGUUACUGCAGUAAUCUACACGACUGUCUUCRUAGUGGGAUUCUUGGGUAAUGCAUUAGUUAUCUAUGUYGUUGCCCGCUACACCAAAAUGAAGACAGUGACCAACAUGUACAUCCUGAAUUUAGCCGUGGCGGACGAACUCUACAUCAUGGGGAUCCCUUUAAUGGGGACCAACAGUGCGCUGUCCUUCUGGCCAUUUGGCAAUUUCCUCUGCAAGGUUUCCAUGACUGCUGAUGGCAUGUGCCAGUUUGCCUCCACCUUCUGCCUGACGCUGAUGAGCAUUGACCGCUUCCUCGCUGUGGUUUAUCCUAUUCGCAGUGCCAGGUGGCGAAAGCCCCGAGUGGCCAAAAUUUUGAAUGGCCUGGUGUGGGUCAUUUCAUUCCUGAUGGCRGUGCCGCUCACCAUAUUCUCGGGUGUGCAGGAUAAGUUCAACACCUGCAACAUAAGCUGGCCGGAGCCUUCAGAGACGUGGUCACUUGCUUUUAUCCUCUACACAUCCAUCCUGGGCUUCUUCGGCCCUCUGAUUGUCAUCACCCUCUGCUAUCUAAUUAUUGUUAUCAAGGUGAAAUCUGCAGGUGUAAGAGCAGGCCUGACAAGGCGGCGCAAGUCAGAACGCAAGGUGACGCGCAUGGUGGUGAUCAUCGUGAUGGUCUUUAUGCUUUGUUGGCUUCCCUUUUUCACCAUCAACAUUGUCAACCUGUUUUAUGUCAUACCUGAGAGCAAAUUCACUGCUGAACUCUACUUUUCCCUGGUCAUCCUCACCUACGUCAACUCCUGCGCCAACCCAGUCCUCUACGGUUUCCUCUCGGACAAAUUCAACCAGAGCUUUAAGAAAGUGCUUUGCUUCUGCAAGCAGGUGACUACUGCAACUACGGACCUAGUAGAGAGCAGACAGAAUGGCAGUAAGUCCAUCCAGAUGGAGGUUGUAAGGAACCCCGAUAUUGAGCCUUUCACCUCAAAACCUGCAACGGAUUCCCAGUAAUUUCUGUCUUGUUGCUGAUCCAAGUUGUGCACUAGUGGACCACAGGGCAUUCUGACAUUUUACCCAUGGGACUUCAUACUGACGUGGAAUUUCCUGACUUUAUUUCGGAUUGCCCUGUUUUUCACUCUCACAUCUCUGCAGAGACUCACUGAACUGAGGACAGUUUUUUUUUUUACCAAUCACUGCAUUUUUUUUUUGUUACGUCUUUGUAAACUGCAAUGGACUGUGAGCAUUUUUUUGUUGUAAUAUAAGAUAUUUACAAGACUGUCAAGUAACUUUAAUCCCUUUAGACUUCUUUUUUUUAUUGUUUUGUUUUUAUGGUCUGUUUUUAAGAAGAUAAUGCCUUUGUUUUAGUUUGCUGUCUAWACCAUUUGUUUUGGCUUUAUAUUUAGAAUGACUGUUAUUUAGCACUGAAAGACAUCUUGAAAGGAUGUGUUAUGCUACAUGGCUCRCCACUAGGUGACCAAAUCAUUAUAGUUUGAUUUAUUUACUGGCAAGAAUCAACUGAUCGGUGGUACUCUAAGUGACUAAAAUGGACAACUGUGACAGAAGUAUCAAUGYCCUUAUAUAAAACCCAGAAGAAAAAGUUUGAACGAUCAACUGCAUGACGACUUGUUGACCGUUAUGCUUUGACAAGAUUUUGACAAGGUUCAGUCAUCUCCCCCUAAAAGGCAGCAGCACUCACCCAAACAAGGAGCCUUCUCUGCCCACUGGGCAGCUGCAAGCCUCCUUCCUCCAUAAACUCUGAUUGGACUGGAUCUGAAGGCAUCUGUUGGGAGCAAACCCRGCCCCAAUAGACUUCACAACAAUCUGGUACCAGACAUUCCAGGACACCACCAGAUGUUGUUUGUGCACAUUUUGACUUGACAAAACUUUUGUUUUAUUAGCAAAGGAAGAUCCUGCAGAUCAUAUUCUCAUGAAUAGCUGAUUGAUGCCAGCUAUUGUUAAAUGUCUUAUGUUGUCUAGUUCUCUGUUUGUAAUGUUUGCAGUAUUUUGUUGCAACAGUGAGAGAGAAAACUGACCUCCUGGCUGCCWUUGUAGGGGGCCUCAUUCUAGGGUUUUAUGUUGACUUGCUAAUUUUUUACACAUGUUUUGUAAUGUGAAAAAUGUCUUGUAAGAAGACAGCCAAUUGUUUUUUUUUUUCUCUAUCUCUCUCUUUGGCUUACCUCCAGUUUAUGCAGUAMGGGUGGGAUGGUCAGUAUGACAUAAACAUAUUUUGUUUUUAUCUGGUUUUUCUACUACAUUUCCUCACAGGUGUAUCCUGAGCCCAACAAAAUGUUAACAAUGCUUAUAAGAUAUUUGAAUUUGUUUGAGAAACUAACCAAGUAGUUUCUUGUCAUUUAGUCUUGUCGAUUAAAUGACAAGACACAUUACAUUUAUAUGUAUUGGUGAAAAUGUGAAUUCUGAAAUAAAAGGUCAUUCUGAAUYGAUCAUA